AUUCCCUCAUGGUUCGGGUCCUUAUCCAAACUUCAAACAUUUAAUUUGUAUGGUAAUCAGUUUUCGGGUUCCAUACCAGCAACCAUCUUGAACUUAUCUGCACUUCAAGUAAUUGAUCUGACGUAUAACCAACUCUCAGGUAACAUACCAAGAGAGAUUGGAAACAUAACAAUGUUGAAGGAAAUAUACCUGGACAGUAAUAAAUUCACAGAAAUUCCUAAUGAGAUUGGCAGUUUAGAUCAAUUGGAAAUAUUGUUUGUGCAAUUGAAUGCUUUAAAAGGGUCUAUUCCUAUGGUUGUUUUCAACAUGUCUUCUUUGACUAUGUUGGCUCUAUAUGGAAACAAUUUAAAUGGUAGUCUUCCGGACAAUAUAUGUCAACAUCUUCCGAGUAUUCAAGAUUUGACUCUGGGUUACAACCAAUUCGACGGUCCACUUCCAUCGAAAUUGUGGGAAUGCAAAGAACUCCUUCAAUUGGAAGUACCACGCAACAGUUUCAGUGGAGAAAUACCAAAUACUUUUGGGAACUUGACUCAGAUACAGACAAUUGACCUUGGCUUGAACUAUUUGACAGGUCCUAUACCACAUCAGAUUGGUCAUCUUCCAAAUUUAGAGAUAUUGAACCUCGGUGGGAAUAACUUCAAUGAGGUCAUCCCAUCCUUAAUCUUCAAUAUGUCCACAAUAGCAGUGAUAUCGCUUUUCGACAAUCAGCUCUCAGGCAACCUUCCACCAAACACAGGCCUUGGCCUUCCAAACCUACAACGCUUCUAUCUAGGAGGAAAUAAACUUAGCGGAGCAAUCCCCAAAUCUUUGUCCAAUGCUUCUAACCUGGAGGUCAUAGACCUAGGCAGCAACCUAUUAUUUGGCGUUAUUCCUAGCACCCUAUGUACCUUGACAAAACUUCAGCUGCUUCAACUAUUUGAUAAUAACCUGACCGUCAGUACUUCGACUCCAGAACUGGAUGUUCUCUUUUGUUUGGCAAAUCUUCGCAACUUGAGGAGACUAGACUUCUCAGUAAAUCCAUUAGAUGCCAACCUUCCGAUUUCCUUUACGAAUACAUCUCUUCAAUAAAUUUAUUUUUACAACUGCAACAUGAGGGGUGAAAUUCCCAAUGACAUCGGCAACUUGAGCAGCUUGAUAGUAUUAUCUGUGGUAAAGAAUCAAUUAAGUGGAUUGGUUCCAGCCUCAAUAGGAAGAAUCCGAAACCUCCAAGGUCUAUAUUUGGAAAGUAACACUUUUCAAGGACGCAUGCCAGAUGAACUCUGCCAACUGAAAAACCUAGCUUCUUUGUUUUUGGGUGGCAAUCGACUGUCUGGCUCUAUACCUUCAUGCAUCGGCAAUCUAACUGGAGCUCUAAGGAAACUAUCAUUGGAGUCUAAUUUGUUAACUUCUACAGUACCAUCUACCUUGUGGGGACUUACAUAUAUCCUGUACUUGAACUUGUCAUCGAAUUCUCUGAUCGGGUCUAUCGGAGAAGAUGUUGGUAAUUUGAAAGUUGCCAUAGAUAUAGAUUUUUCAAACAACCGAUUAUCCGGUAGUAUAGCAAGCAGCGUUGGUGGACUUCAAAACUUGGUCAAUCUGUCCUUGGCAAAUAAUAAACUACAAGGCUCCAUUCCUACUUCACUUGGCAAUUGCAUAAGCCUGGAAUCUUUGGACUUAUCCAAAAACAACUUAUCAGGAGUGAUUCCCAACUCUCUUUCAGCGCUCUCAUAUCUGAAGUAUUUGAAUUUGUCUUUCAACAGACUCCAAGGAGAAAUUCCAACAGGUGGUCCUUUCAGAAACUUGUCUGCUCAAUCAUUUGUUUCAAACCAUGGACUCUGUGGUGCAGCCCGAUUUCAAGUUCCAUCAUGCAAAAGGAAGACUGUUAAAACUAUUUUCAAGUAUGUUAUUCCGGGUAUCUUGUCCGCAAUGCUUCUAGUGACCUCCAUUUGGAUAUUUAUUAUAUCGAGAAAGAAGAAUGUGAAAGCUGCAACAGAGACUACCUUUUUGCCACAACAUCAGUGGAGAAGAGUUUCCUAUGAAGAGCUUCUAAGUGCAACAAGUGGAUUCAAUGUGAGCAACUUACUUGGCACUGGGAGUUUUGGCUCAGUAUAUAAAGGAACACUGUCAGAUGGGAUAGAUGUUGCCAUUAAGGUAUAUAAUUUAGAAACAGAAGGGGCAUUCUCAAGUUUUGAUGUCGAAUGCGAAAUGCUAAGCAAUAUUCGCCAUCGAAACCUUAUCAAAGUCAUCAGUUGCUGCAGUCAAGUUGAUUUCAAAGCCGUUGUACUAAACUACAUGCCUAAUGGGAGCCUUGAAAAGUGGUUGUAUUCUCAUAACUUAACCUUGAACAUCUUGCAGAGGUUGAAUAUACUGAUAGAUGUUGCAACGGCAUUGGAGUAUCUCCAUCAUGGUUAUGAUAGACCUAUUGUGCAUUGUGAUCUGAAGCCAAGCAACAUACUACUAGAUGAUGAUAUGGUUGCACAAGUUGCUGAUUUUGGUAUCUCAAAACUCUUGGGUGGAGAGGAUUCUAUCACUCGAACCUUGACCCUUGCCACAAUCGGGUACAUGGCUCCAGAGUAUGGAAUGGAUGGAAUAGUGACCAGAAGAGGGGAUAUGUAUAGUUUUGGUGUUGUAGUGAUGGAGACAUUCACAAAAAGGAAGCCAACAGAUGCGAUGUUUGUGGGGGAAAUGAAUUUAAAGCACUGGGUUGCAAAUUCACUUCUUGCAGAUGCAAUAGUUGAAGUUGUUGAUACCACUUUACUUGGGACAGAGGAAUGUCAUGACUUUGUGAGCAAGAGAGAUUGUUUAUCAUCUAUUAUGAGAUUGGCUAUUGCUUGUUGUGGAGAAUCACCAGAAGACAGGAUAAAUAUGCACGAGGCUCUAGCCACGCUGAACAAAAUCAAGAUCAAAUUUUUGAAGAACGCUUCAGAAGGUGUGGUAUUGAGCCGUCAUGGCCUCUGAUUCGGUUGUUAGUUGAUGUAAUUGAGUUAUGGCAUGACUCUUUUUCCAGUUGUAGCCUGUGUUUUGUUCUGCAGUAAGAAAUAUUGAUUUGGUUUAGUCGAGGGUAAGCUGCUAUUUUCUCAAUUUCUUCCACCUUAUAUUCCUGAGCUCAUAUUCGUAGAAUAUAUAUAGCUUCGUUGUAGAAUGGAUAAUUGGAAAAAGAAGAUUCAGCAUUAUAUGGACUUCUCGCUAAGGAUAAAUCCUGGUAUAGAUCGAUUGAGCUGGAUUGCAAUUUGGAGCUAUGCACAUCGUAAUCAUAAAGCUUGUCAUGGUAGGAGUUCAAAUAACUAGUAGAGGCACUGAAAUGAAACAGCUUCGUUUCUAAAAUAGUGAGCAUAGUCACUAGUAAACUACUAUACUUGGUGUUACAGGGGUCUCACCACCAACCUUCUUAUACUGUCAGCAGUAUAUAACAAAAUUAGAAGCCUAGAGCAGACAUGCAUGCUUGCUAACAAAGUAGAAAAAUUUCCUCAAAUGUCACAAAGGAAAGCCAUUGAAGACCAUAUAUCAUUCUAUCUCUAUAGCAUAUAUUCAAUUCAUGGCCGUUGAUUCAGUCCUGAAUUGAUGUAAUUGUAUUAUUACGUGACUUACCAUCUAGCUAUUUCCACUUUGUAGGUUGUAAUUUGCAUGUUCUGCAGUAACUAAUGAAC